AUGAACAAGAGCGAGAAAGGAGCUCCGCAUGGAGCCAAGGCUGCGGAGGUCUACGGCAUUGUGGGGUACCUCUCAAGUUUGUUUUCCUUCGCCCUGUGGAUCAUCUGGGCCUACACCCCUGACUGGGUUCUUCGCAGCAUGGGCAUCACUUACUAUCCCGACAGAUAUUGGGCGGUUGCGCUGCCUACCUGGUUCAUAUUUCUCGUCAUCUAUAUCGUCAUCGUCUACAAUGCCUGGAACAUCAUCAACACCAAUCGUUUCGAAUCAUACUACACCAUCCGAGACACGAUUGAAGUGCCCAAGACGACGAACGAGAAAGAGAUCCAAUCCUUUCACACAACUCAAUCGAUAGCUCCUGCUGACGAUAUUCCCAUAUCGCAGAUCAACCGUAUUCUUUUCUGUUCUACUCAACACCCACAGUAA